AUGCAACCUUCGGAGUCGCACAAGGAGGCAAAACUGGAGGUGCAGCACUACCAACCUGAGCUGCUGAGGGCAGCUCGGAUGGGCCUUCUGCACCAACUACGUGAUAUUCUGGGCAGUGACAAUACAACUAUCACACCGGUUGUGUUGGAGCCUGUAGUCAUGAUCGACAUUGAGAGGGUCGACAUCGACGUUGAAAGGGUGGACACCCUGGAGAUGGACUCGAUCCUCCAUGUCGUUGCGGUGAGCGGCGAUGAAGAGAACUUCUUGGAGUGCGCAAGCGUGAUUCACGAGAAGGCCAAGCACCUCCUGGACGCAGGCAAUAGCAAGGGUGAUACGCCCUUUCAUUGCGCUGCAAGAGCUGGCGGGGUGGAGAUGCUCUCUCGUCUCAUCCAUCUGGCAAGAGCCGACGGCGGGCAUGCAAGGGUGACGGAUGUGCUCAGAAAGCAGAACAAGAAAGGCGAGACGGCCCUUCAUGAGGCCCUCCGCUUGGCCAACAAGAAAACUAUGAAGGAAAUGGUUAAAAAGUUAAUGGAGGUGGAUCCAGAAUUGGCUUGCAUUCCGCAUUGCGACGCUACAUCGCCCUUGUACCUGGCCGUCUCACUAGGACAUGAUGAUAUUGCAGUCUUUUUGCAUUCGGAGAACGAGAAGCUGUCCUACUCUGGACCAUAUGGUCAAAACGUCUUGCAUGUCGCCGUGCUUAGGGGCAAAGAGAUUACAAAGAAGUUACUGGACUGGAACAAGGCCCUCACCAAACAAGCGGACCAAUUGACUGGAAGUACGCCUCUUCAUAUUGCCAUUUCAUGGGGGAGUCAAAGCAAGGAGGUGAUCAAACUACUACUGCACUGUGACGAAUCUGCAGCAUUUCAAAGCGACAAUAGUGGGUCGUUCCCUAUACAUGUGGCAGCAACGCGAAGUUCAUGGUCUACACUUCGCGUGUUGCUGGACACGGUGCCCACAUGCGCAGGACUGCGUGAUGGUAAUGGCCAGACCUUCCUACAUGUUGGUAUUGCGAAGGAGCACCCUCUUGUGGUCGGAAGUUGGUACCAUCACAUACCAUUUGCACCAAUUAUGAACGUGCAAGACAAUCAUGGGAACAGUCCACUCCAUCUUGCUGCCAUAGUCGGGAACCAGUGGAUUUUCUAUCUUCUAAUUCAGAACCCGCAAGUUCAGCUGGAUUUAGUGAACAACAUAGGCCAAACACCGCUAGAUAUUGCAUGGACGAAGAUGCCACAAGGCCUUAAUUUCAUGCUGAACCCACGAAAUAGGAUAUACCUACUACUUAAAGGUGCAGGAGCUAAAACUGCUGCAUACCGCUGUGAUUGGUUCCUCAAAGAACAUAUCCCGCCAAUAGAAAUUAAAGUGGAAGAAAAGAAGAUCUCAGAUUCCACGCAGAUUAUUGGCAUUGGGUCAGUGCUAAUUGUUACGGUAGCUUUCGCAGCAGCUUUCACCUUGCCAGGCGGCUUCCGAACAGACGACUUGAAGGGUAAGCGUGGAACAGCUGGAAUAGCUAUGCUUGCCGGAAAACCAGUCUUUCACGCGUUCAUCAUCGCCAACACACUGGCGCUCGUUUCCUCAGCUCUAGCUACCAUGAACGUCAUGUACGCUGGGGUGACCGCAGUCGACAUACGCACGCGCAUGACCUCCUUCAUCAUCUCCAUCGUCUUUGUCUACUGCUCGGCCAAGUCCUUGGCUGCCGCAUUUGUGUUUGGACUCUACGUGGUACUAGAGCCGGCUGCCCCCAAAAUAGCUUAUAUUUCAUGUGCUAUCGUAUCCCCUUUCCUUUUUCUCGAUGUUGUCUGGUUUAUCUUCAUGGUAGCUAUUGGGGAAGUAAUGCUACUCAAAAGGCUAGGUUUCAAGGCAUGGCUUCGCAAUUUCAACUUCUCUCGACUACCAGUAAAACAACCUACAGUUUUGGGAUAG